AUGAGUUCCAGGAGGAUGAUAACACGCUCCUAUUCUGGCGACGGAAGAUCCGGCCAUGUCAAUGGGGAUGAUGUCAGUGGGAGUGGCCGACCCAGUAGCCGUAGUUACCUCUCCAACGUCAGGCCAGAAAACAGUUGCUCAAGUCACAGGUAUUCUCAGUACAGGCCACCAAGGAGCACACUUUGCACUGUAAUGGCCCAACUGACAGAAGAGACACAGCCGUUUUUUGAGACAACCCUGAAGUCAAAAGCUGUGUCUGAAAAUUCCAAUGUGAAGUUCACUUGUGUGGUAACAGGUUACCCUACCCCUGAAGUUAUUUGGUAUAAAGACGACAUGCAAUUGGACAGAUAUUGUGGGCUGCCUAAACAUGAAAUAUUCCGUAAUGGACAAAAUUAUUCCCUGCACAUUUACAAUUGCACUGUGGAAGAUGCAGCUCUUUAUCAGGCAUCAGCCAGCAACAACAAAGGCAUUGUGUCCUGCUCUUGUGUUUUGGAGGUCGGGGUAAUGAACGAGUACAAGAUCCACCAGCGGUACUUUGCCAAGCUCAAGCAAAAGGCGGAGAACAAGCGAAGGGAACUAGAAGGGAAGGAGAACAAGGAGCCACCAGGCCAACAGCAACAACUAAGAACCAUCAGUCCGGACCGCACGCAAAGGAAACGCCGGUCCCCAAUGGAGGCCAGUUUCACCACACCUCGCUCCAUGGAAGAUGAGGGGACUGAGAAGAGCCAUCCAAUCCCGGCGGCCGAGGCUGAGGCCAGGCUAAAGGAGGCUGCUGAUGGACAAACCGAGGAGAGGUCCAUCCCGAUCACUACCAGGGCAGUGUCUCCCAUAAUGAAUGGACAGGCUAUCAAUGAAAAUGGCAGUAAAAGUGUCACAUACACAUAUGACUCUGUGCAGAAGAUCUUCACUUCACACCAACCAAAAACUCCCUUUGUCAAAAAGAAGAUAAAGAUCUCUAGUGUUGAGGAGAGUGUCAAGGCAGAUAUUAUGGCAGAGAGGAUGUCUGAAGAGAGGAAGGUGGAUGGGGAGGCCUGUAUUGUACUGUCUCCCACAGAAUCUUUGCAAUAUCAGGGCUCUUCAGAAGAGGUUAUGGAGGUAAUGAGCACCACUGACACUUUGAAUUCAAACUCUAUCAAAGAGAUUGAACGGCAUCAGAAAAAAGCAACAGAUGAAGCAUUGCCAAUUAAUAUACCUUCAGACGAUGAGAAGGUAUGUGCAGAGGGACAUAUAGAGUUGCUUGCACAAGGGAAACAGUCGACUGUUCCGCUCUACUCUUUAUGUCCAGACAUUGCAUCCUCCACUGUCCUCCACUCCACAAACCAUUAUUUGUCAGGGACUGAAAGUAAAAAAGUUGCAGAGCUUGAGAAGGAAGCUGGACGCUGCGAUGCAGAGGAAAAUUCAGGAUUGUAUGGUCCAAGCCCUCCUGUUACAUCAACACAACCAUCGUCAACUCCUGUAGCAACAGCUCACCAGUCCUUGAGCAACAUAGCAGAGGAAGAUGUAAUUAAAAUGCAACAAGAGGACAUCACAGCCAUGGAAGUAGAGGCAAAGCCUAACGCAACAGAAUGCCAACUUCAGACUGCUGUGCCACCGGCACAUGAAACUGGUGACAUGGCCGUGGAUUUAGCAAAACACAAUACACAGUGUUUCAAUACCGCUGGUCCAAUACAUCACGCAUCUCCAGUUCACAGCAGCCUGGAGUCAGCAGACACACCCUGUGAGACCGUGGCUGCAUCGCUUCAGCCAAAACACGAACAGUCAAGUGAUCAGUUGUCUGAGACAGAAACAAGCAACGACGGCCUGAAGAAUGCGUCUGUGUCUCAGCCGCCCCUGCAGGGAGAGGUCACACAGGCCCAUACACGGACAAACAGGAAUGAUGCACCUGUCAACCUUGAACCACAACCCACCCUAUGCACAACGGAUGACCAAUUGCCACUAAAGACUCCAUCAGAAAGAGAGACUGCGACAGAUGACAACCAGACCGCUACUUUGCGCAAUCCUGUCCAAGCAGCCUUUGACAAAAUGACACAGGACACAUGGGACCAUUCCAGGGGAUCAAGUGAAAGCCAUACAGUCCUUUUUACAGACGUACAAAAGUCACCCCUCGAAAGUCCUGGUGAUGAGGAGAACACCCCGGGGUGUAAUAUUUCGCCCACCGUCCAGCAAAGCCAAGUUGAGAAAGCUAUAAAAACUGUUAUGCAGACAGAAAUAAAAGUUGACAAGAAAGCAGAGAGUAAUGAAGGAGGUACGUUAGAAAUACAGGGGGACAAUUUGUACCCAAAUGAAAGGAAAGUUGAGAUGGAAACUGAAGUUCUGUCACUAAAGUUGGGCGAACAAGCUGAAAUAGAAAGAACCAUGAAUGCAGGGGAAAAACAAACAGUUAACGCGACCAUUGAGCAUGUAGCUUGUGAUGAAUUUGAGAAGAAGGAGACUGUGAUGAAAAAGGCAGAGGAGACUCAUCCAGAAUCGCAAAAUCUGAAACUGACUCGAUCUGAGACCACGAGUCCACAUGUGACCAAUAAUCCAGAGAAAACAAGGAUUCAAAACUCCAAUAAGUCUGAGCAAUACAUAAAAGACUUCAGAGAGAUCCCAAAACCAGUAUCCAAAGUCAUAUCAAUCGCUGAACUGUUGAGGUCACAGAUGAAGGCUCUUGAUGUGACAGGAGGUCAGUCUGUGACAACCAAAUCACCAAACCCUGAUGGCAAUUUGUUUCCCACUACAAAUGAAACAGAGGUCACGACAGAAAAACGUUCAGAAUUAAGAACAGAAAACAGAGAUCGUACACUGGAAGUGGAGAAAUCCAAGACUGAUCGGCACACAGAGGAGAGCUCUUUGUCUACAGCUGAGAUUGUUUCAAACCCCGAAGAUAGCCCAUUGUUAAGGGAAAGAAACGGUACUCCUCCCAUCCCAUCUGCUACCCCACAAGAACUGGCCUCUGGAGCCCGUCGCAAAAUCUUCAUCCCCAAGAGCAAAACAGAAGACAGCGAGGCCACAUCGCCAGCUGAUAACCAAUCUCAGAAAGAGGAAGGGCCCUCAAAAAGCAGCAACCUUUCCCCAGGCUCGGUGAUGCUCUCAGCAUCUCCCACACUGUCACGACGCUCAUCUGUUCUUCAACCCAGUGGCCCACGAACCCCUCCACCCGAAAGGCGGUCACCUCUAUUCAACAGGAGGAAGGUGGCACAGGACCCUCCAACACCAAGCCAGGAGCCAAAUCAGCAGAUCGUCACACUCAAGACUGAAGAAAAAACUGUAGAAAAGAACAAGCACAACCCAUUUAAAGCUCCUCAGGUUAUCCGUAAGAUUAGGGGAGAGUCUUUCUCAGAUGCCUCGGGACACUUGAAACUUUGGUGCCAGUUUUUUAAUGUCCUCAGUGACUCGACUCUCAAAUGGUGCAGAGAUGAAGUGGAGAUCGCUCAGGUUAAAAGAAGUGCAGGAGAUGAGACUCAGGUGAAUCUAGCCAUUGUCCAGGCAUCAAGCAGAGACUGUGGGGUUUAUGGAUGCACAAUUACAAAUGAGCAUGGAACAGAUUCAACAGACUUCCUGCUUAGUGCAGAUAUCCUUGCUGGAAUGUCCCUGCGUGAGGAUCUUGGCGUUGGAGAGGAGAUUGAAAUGACACCCCUACUGUUGAACAAGGGUCUAGCUGACUCUGGUGUCUGGGGCAACAAAUUCUUUGGCCGCGUUAUGAUGCAGGAAUCUCGUAUCGGUGAAGGCUGCACUCACAAAGUCUGGAGGGCAAAGGUUAUCUACGGCCUGGAACCUGUGUUCGAGUCAGGGACCACAUGUAUCAUUAAAGUGUGCAGUCCCAUCACCUAUGCAGGCAAACAGGAAACCCACCUGGUAGAGAUGAACAUGGGCAUCACCCAGCGGGUAUGUAGAAUUCAGAACCUUGCUCGUGAAUACUGCAAAGUCUUCUCUGCAGAGGCAAGAGUGAUCGAAAACUUUGGCAAAUCUCUAGAGGUGAUUCCAGUGUACUUGAUGUACCGACCAGCAAAUACUAUUCCUCAUGCAACAGUUGAGACUGAUCUGAAGGGAGUCUAUCUGAAAUAUUCUCGACUGGAUGACACAGGCAGACUAGUCAUGAGGACUGCAUCAGAGGUUGAACAGAAGUGCUGUGCUCUGCAACAUUGGAUCCAUCAGUGGACCAAUGGCAAUCUGUUACUCACCCGGAUGGAAGGUGUUGACACUAAGAUCACCAAUGUUGGAAUUUCAAUUAAAUCAACAGGGUAUCAAGGUCUGUCUGUCACGGGGAACCCAGAGGUCUUUGAGCAGUUUGUCUCUCAGCACCAGUGUAACUACUACUGUGGUCUGCUCAGCCUGAGGUCUCUAAAGGCCAUGGACUCGCUACAAAUGCCAUCCAAACCUAAGGGCUCCAGAAGCCCCUUACUCCAACGCAAGAUGGCCAGCGGCUCCUCCAGCCCUCAGUCCAGCAGGAAAGCUGCUGUCAGCCCCAGGAUGCCCAGGAAGUCUGAAUCAGAGCAUGAUAGCAGCAAGGCCCCCACAAAACAAAUCACAGACAAAAGAUCACUAAGAUGAGGUAAAAUGGCCAUCUCCAAUUGUCCAUUUCCCAUUUUCACAGU